CACACUACAUCUUGUCACAUGGUCCAUUUUCCAUUCACUCGUCUCUCUGCGAUCCAUUCAGGGGGUAUUCAGAUGAGCAGUAAGAAGAUGAUGUCAAUACUCCGUCUAGCACACUUGACAGCCGAGCAAAUUCAAUUGAACUGACUCCGCCUGACUAAUGCGAGACUUGUCCACGGGCUUUCCACACUACCGCGCGUCUGUCUGCAUGCCUGGUGCUUUCUGACAGAGCCCCUCCGCCCCCCAUACACACACACACACACUCUUCCCCAGUCACUCACCUUCAACUGUGUGGAGGAGUCUGACGCACAGGACCAGCGGCAGCCAGGACUCUUCUUGCGAGCGUGUGGCCACUGAGCAACAUGUUCCCGGCGUGGACACGGUCAAUCCGCACCGGGGGCUUGACAAUAGCACCGCGGACCAUGGUUAGUGUCGGACGGACAGGACGGGUCGGACAGGUGUUGGUCUCCUGUUGGUUUCUACUGUCAACGACUUGUGUCCUCACCGCUCAGGCUCAAGUAGACGAUGUUCCACCUUACUUCAAGAUGGAGCCUCCUCAGACCCAGGUUCAUCUGGAGGGAAACCGCCUGGUCCUAACCUGCAUGGCUGAGGGCAGCUGGCCUCUGGAAUUUAAAUGGAUCUACAAUGGUACUGAACUUACACGUUUCUCCUUGGAAUACAGGUACCUGAUCCCUUCGCUGGACCAAUCACACGCUGGCCACUACCGCUGCAUUGUGAGAAACCGAGUGGGUGCGAUAAUGCAGUGCAGCACUGAAGUGCAGGUUGCCUAUAUGGUCGGUUUUGUGGAGGGUGAAAGGUCUCAAACAGUAUCUCAGGGCGAAGGUGCUCUCAUCCAUGCACCACGGAUACACAGCUUCCCCAGGCCCCAGAUCACCUGGUUCAGAGAUGGUCGCAAGAUUCCUCCCAGCAGCCGCAUUGCCAUCACCUUAGACAACACGCUGGUGAUCCUGUCCACAGUGGCCCCUGAUGCAGGACGUUACUAUGCCCAAGCAGUCAAUGACAAGAAUGGAGAAAACAAAACCAGCCAGCCUAUUAGUCUUGUAGUGGAGAAUGUGGGAGGACCUGCAGACCCCAUUGCCCCCUCCAUCAUCAUCCCACCAAAAAACACCAGUGUGACUGUGGGGAGAAACGAAGCUAUAAUGGAGUGUGUUGCCAACGCAAGACCCCUUGUAAAAAUGAGCAUUACGUGGAGGAAGGACGGGGCAGUGAUCAGUACAGGAAUCCGAGAUUUUGGACGUAGACUGGUCAUCAGUCUACCUGCAGUCACCGAUGCCGGUUACUACACUUGCGAGGCAUCACUCCGUAGUAGCAGUGCCCCCUCGGUCACUGCUGGGGCUUACCUGCAUGUUCUUGAAUACCCCCUGUUUGUGAAGGAGCCACCGAGUCACAUCAGUGCAGAAAUGGAGAAAGUGGUGGAUAUCCCGUGUCAGGCACGAGGCACACCGCAACCAGACAUAGUAUGGUAUAAAGACGCUGUGCCCAUCAGCCCGGUGAAGAUACCCAGGUACAGGGUGUUGGUAGGAGGCAGCCUACAAAUCAACGGGCUCCUGCCGGAUGACACAGGGAUGUUUCAGUGCUUCGCCCGCAAUCUAGCAGGAGAGAUCCAGACAAACACCUAUCUAGCUGUUACGAGCAUUGCUCCCAACAUCACCGCCGGCCCCUCUGACAGUGCAGUGAUUGACAGCAUGUCAGUCAUUCUGCAUUGUGAGACCUCAGGAGCCCCGAGGCCCGCCAUCACCUGGCAGAAAGGUGAACGUGUUUUGGCCAGUGGCUCGGUCCAGCUGCCCAGGUUCACCCUGCUGGAGUCGGGCAGCUUGUUAAUCAGCCCCUCUCACCUGUCUGACGCUGGUACCUACACCUGUAUGGCUAGUAACUCUCGUGGCAUAGACGAGUCCUCAGCUGACCUAAUGGUCUGGGCACGUACUCGCAUCACUAAACCACCACAAGACCAGAGUGUCAUCAAAGGGACCAAGGCUGUCAUGACAUGUGGUGUGACCCAUGAUCCCAGUGUCACUGUGAGGCAUGUGUGGGAGAAGAGCGGCUCAGUGAUUGAUGUGAACACGUCUCCCCGCCUGCGCCUGGAUCCCGACGGGUCUCUGCACAUCUCCCAGACAUGGUCGGGUGACAUUGGAACAUACACCUGCAAGGUGACCUCAGUGGGAGGCAACGACUCUCGCAGUGCCCACCUCCGAGUCAGGCAACUGCCUCAUGCUCCAGAAAACCCAGUAGCAGUUCUGAGCACCAUAGAAAAGAGGUCCAUCAACCUCACAUGGGCCCAGGCCUUUGAUGGCAACAGUCCACUUAUCCGCUACAUCCUUGAGGUCUCAGAAAACAAUGCUCCUUGGACGGUGCUGUUGGCCAAUAUCGAGCCAGAAUCCACUGGUGUUACUGUCGGCGGCCUCAUUCCGGCACGCUCGUACCAGUUCCGCCUGUGUGCCAUCAACGAUGUGGGCAGAGGCCAGUUCAGCAAAGAGACUGACCGACUUACCCUCCCCGAAGAACCUCCCAGUGCACCCCCCCAGACAGUCAUUGCAAGUGGCCGUACCAAUCAGUCUAUCAUGAUCCAGUGGCAGCCACCCCCAGAGAGUCAUCAGAAUGGUCCGCUCCAGGGCUAUAUCAUCAGGUACUGUCUGUCAGGGCUUCCAGUGGAUUGUCAGAUGAAAAACAUCACUAACCCAGACCAGACCAGCUUGCUGCUGGAGGAUCUCAUCAUCUGGACCAACUAUGAGAUCGAGGUGGCAGCUUAUAACGGAGCAGGCAGGGGCACAUACAGCCACAAAGUCACUGAGUGGACUUUGCAAGGAGUGCCCACUGUGCCACCAGGAAAUGUGCAAGUUGAGGCUGUUAACUCUACCACAGUGCGUUUUACCUGGAGUGCUCCAAGCCCUCAGUUUAUCAAUGGAAUCAACCAGGGAUAUAAGCUCUUGGCAUGGGAACCUGGCCAUGCUAACGAGAUCACUGUGGUUACAGUGCGCCCGAACUUCCAGGACAGCGUUCAUGUCGGUUACAUCUCCGGCCUUAAAAAGUUCACAGAGUACUACACUUCAGCGUUAUGCUUCACAACCCCUGGAGACGGGCCCCGCAGUCUGCCUCAGCAGCUACGCACUCAUGAGGACACCCCUGGUGCUGUGGGACACCUUAGUUUCACUGAUAUCUUGGACACCUCACUAAAAGUCAGCUGGAAGGAGCCACUAGAGAAAAAUGGUGUUCUCACAGGUUAUCGUAUCUCCUGGGAGGAGUUCAACAGGACCAAUACCCGGGUGACCCAUUAUUUGCCCAACCUUACUCAAGAGUAUAAGGUUACUGGGCUGACUGCACUCACUACUUACACCAUCCAGGUGGCAGCCAUGACUUCCAAGGGCCAGGGUCAGCUCUCUGCGUCCACUAUAUCCUCUGGAGUACCACCAGAGUUGCCUGGACCUCCAACGAAUUUAGCAAUCUCUAACAUAGGCCCUCGCUCUGUAAAUCUGCAGUUCAAACCUGGUUAUGAUGGCAAGACAUCCAUUUCCCGUUGGCUGGUCGAAGCUCAGGUUGGUAUAAUUGGAGAAAAUGAAGAGUGGCUGAUGGUUCAGCAGCUGGCUAAUGAACCUGAUGCUAGAUCACUGGAGGUCCAGGACCUGAACCCUUAUACUUUCUACAGGUUCAGAAUGCGUCAAGUUAACAUUGUGGGCACCAGUCCCCCCAGUCAGCCCUCCAGGAAGAUCCAGACCCUGCAGGCGCCCCCAGACAUCUCCCCAGCAAACGUUACCCUGCGCACAGCCAGUGAAACCAGCCUGUGGCUUCGCUGGGUGCCUCUUCCAGAGUGGGAGUACAAUGGCAAUCCAGAUCUUGUUGGCUACCGCGUGCAGUACUCCAAAGCAGGAUCCAAAGGGGGAGUUCUUUCCCACAUUAUCAUCGACCGGCUGGAGAGGGAGUUCACUAUAGAGGACUUGGAAGAGUGGACGGAGUACGAGGUCAGAGUUCAGGCCGUCAAUGGGAUUGGUUUCGGACCCUGGAGUCAGGCAGUCUACGGCAGGACCAGGGAGUCUGUGCCCUCCAGUGGUCCCACUAAUGUGUCAGCAUUUGCCACCACCUCCAGUAGCAUACUUGUGCGAUGGGGAGAAGUCCAAGAGGCUGACCGCAAUGGACUAAUCCUGGGCUAUAAGGUUGUGUAUAAGGCGAAGGACUCAGACACAGCUCCCAACUUCUGGACAGUAGAGGGAAACACCAGUCACAGUGUCCAGCUGAGUGGUCUGGGCAAGUAUGUCCUCUAUGAGAUCCAGGUCCUGGCAUUCACUCGGAUAGGAGACGGAAGGAGCAGCUCCCCAUCGAUCUUAGAGAGGACCUUGGAUGAUGUACCAGGCCCUCCAGUCGGCAUCCUGUUCCCAGAAGUCAGAACCACCUCAGUCAGGCUCAUCUGGCAACCUCCUGCACAGCCCAAUGGUAUUAUACUAGCCUAUCAGAUCACACACAGGCGAAACUCUUCAAACAGCAACGCUGCCACUGUUGACGUGCUGAGCCCCAGCGCGCGGCAGUACACAGCAUCUGGACUGAAACCAGAAAUGGUUUAUGUGUUCCGCCUCACUGCUCAAACACGAAAGGGUUGGGGGGAAGCUGCCGAGGCUUUGGUGGUCACAACAGAAAAGAGAGCACGACCCCAACCCACAAGCCGUCCCACAGUGCCUCAAGAGGAAGUUCAGGCUCGCAGAGUGCUGUUGUCAUGGGAACCAGGCAGCGAUGGCCUGUCUCCAGUUCGUUACUAUACGGUCCAGUACAGAGAGCUUCCAGACAGCAACUGGACUGUCCACUCUGCAUCAGUUGGUCAUGAGACACACUCCUACAUAGUAGACAGGUUAAAGCCGUUCACUUCUUAUCAGUUCCGCGUUAAAGCCACCAAUGAUAUUGGAGACAGUGAAUACAGUAAAGAGAGUGAGGCCAUCACUACACUGCAGGAUGUCCCAGACAAGGCCCCUACCGUACUGUCUGUUACGCCUCACACCACCACAUCUGUGCUGGUCCGUUGGCAGCCUCCAUCAGAGGACCAUAUAAAUGGAGUGCUGUUGGGGUUUAGGGUCAGGUAUCGAGAAUUACACUAUGACAGGGUUCGCAGCUUCACUGUCCGCACGGUAAACAGUCCCUCAACCAACUGGGCAGAUCUUGCCGCUCCUUACAGCAUCAGGAAUUUGAGCGAAUCCUCGCUCACCCAAUAUGAACUGGAUAAUUUGAGUAAACACAAACGCUAUGAGAUUCGUCUCAGUGUGUAUAACGCCGUGGGAGAAGGUCCGAGCAGCGCUCCGCAGGAGGUGUUUGUGGGCGAGGCGGUCCCAACUGCCUCUCCCCAAAAUGUGGUCAUCCAGUCCUCAACAGCCACUCAGCUGGAUGUUACAUGGGACCCACCUCCUCUGGAUGCUCAGAACGGAGAUAUACAAGGUUACAAGAUCUAUUUCUGGGAGUUUCAGCUCCAGAAUGAGACAGAGCGAAUGCGCACUCUGUUCUUGCCAGAGCUUGGAGUGAAGCUUAAAAACCUGACAGGCUACACCACCUACAUGAUCAGUGUGGCUGCCUUCAACGCUGCGGGGGACGGGCCCCGCUCUCUGGCCACCAGAGGGCGCACUCAGCAAGCAGCACCGACUGCUCCCAGCUACAUUCACUUCAGUGAGUUGACCACCACCUCCGUCAAUGUGUCCUGGGGAGAGCCCAAGCAGGCCAACGGCAUCAUUGAGGGAUACCGCCUGGUUUAUGAGCCCUGUUCUCCAGUUGAUGGUGUCAGUAAGAUAGUGACAGUAGAUGUGAAAGGCAGCUCUCCCUUGUGGAUGAAGAUCAAGGACCUGGCUGACGGUGUCACUUAUAACUUUCGCAUCCGAGCCAAAACACUCACUUAUGGCCCUGAGGUGGAGGCCAACAUCACCACUGGACCUGGAGAAGGAUCCCCUGGUCCUCCUGGAGAACCCUUUAUUUCUAGGUAUGGCACUGCCCUGACACUGCAUUGGACAAGUGGUGAUCAAGGCCGUGCACCUAUCACACGAUACGUUAUUGAGGCCAGACCUUCUGAUGAAGGAUUGUGGGAUAUCCUUGUGAAAGACAUUCCUAAGGAAGUGACUUCCUACACACUUAAUCUGGACAUGCUUCGAGAAGGAGUCACCUAUGACUUUCGAGUUAUUGCUGUCAAUGACUAUGGCUAUGGGUCCCCCAGUGCCCCCUCUCCUUCUAUAUCAGCCCAGAAAGUGUCUCCCUUCUAUGAGGAGUGGUGGUUCUUGGUCGUUAUCGCUCUGGUGGGCCUCAUCUUUAUCCUCCUUCUUGUUUUCAUCCUGAUCAUCCGAGGGCAGAGUAAAAAAUACACCAAAAAAGCAGACACAGGCAACCACUCCAACUGCACGGCACUACCUCUGACCCAUGGAGAGAUGGUGCAUCUGGAUGAGGGACGCUUCCCAUCCCUGGAGCUCAACAAUAGACGUCUGUCUGUGAAAAACUCCUUUUGCCGCAAAAACGGAAUCUACACCCGGUCUCCUCCAAGACCCAGUCCUGGAAGUCUGCACUACUCAGAUGAGGAUGUCAGCACUAAGUAUAAUGAUCUAAUCCCAGCAGAGAGCAGUAGUUUAACUGAAAAACCCUCUGAGAUAUCUGACUCUCAGGACACUCUUGUGUACACUUAUGUAUGUUCUCCACAGAGCUAUGGGGUAGCGACAGCGAAUAUGAGAUGGAUCAGAGCCGGCAGAAGACCCACUCCUUUGUCAACCACUACAUCAGUGAUCCCACCUACUACAACUCCUGGCGGAGACAGCAGAAGGGCGUCUCUCGUCCACCGGCGUACGGCUACUCCCAGCCCGAGCCUCUGGUGGAACAAGAGUCACGUCAGCACCCACCGCCCGUGCCACCUCUGCCCCCUCUCAUCCCUCAGAAUGCCCCAUCCCCACAGCCCCAGGGUCAGGGCCAGGGCACUCUGUUCAGGCCUAAGGGAAGCCGGACUCCCACACCCUCCCUUCUGUCCUCCGAACCCCCCAGCCAGCACAACACCCUCUACCGCCCCCCCAGCAGCUUGGGCUGUGCCGCUCAGGCACCUACCGCAGGCUUCUCCUCUUUUGUUUGACACACAGCUCUCCUUGAAAUAACAACAGGACCAUGAGGACGAGUUUUCAUUUCGUUGUUGUUUAUUUGUAUCUUGCUCUUUUUUUUUUUAAUCUUCUGCUCUGUCUGUCAGACAGAGUUGUAGCCCAAUAUUAGCAUUGCAGGCAUCUUAAAUAGUGCUUUCUCCUCUGUGAAGAGUGUGUGCGUAUGAUUGUGUUUAGCACAUAUGCUUGGUUAAUCAGUGUAUUAUGUAUUUUAUAAAAAGACAAUCAUUUGAAGAUUUUUAUGCGUUACUUUAGCAAAUCUAUUUGGGGGAUCAACCAUGAAAAUGAUAAAGAAUAGAACCUGAAAACUGAAUCUUUUAAAACACAGUAUUAUUGUUUAAUAUAAGAACUUUAUGUAAACGACCACCGUAGAACCAUAAACAGGAUGGAUUAUUUGGCUUGCUGAGACUGGCCUAUGGGGGGCCAAGGAUCGAACUGAGAGAUGGACUUGAAGAGAGGCACUUGUGGUCACCUUGGCCCUUAGUUGCCUUUGACUCUUGCGCUGCCUAUUCACUGUUGCAACUGCGUUACGUGUUUACUAUGUAUUCGUCGCAUAUUGUUUACCAGGUGUUUAUAUCAAUCAGCUUGAAGCUCAACAUUUUCAGAACAUCACUAGUGAUAAUGUUGUGAAUCACAUUAAAGCAUUGUGCCACCUUUAUAGUAGUCUGAGGAUGCUGAUUGUGUGCUGGUACUUUAAGAGUACUCCAGUUUCUUUUCGAUUAUUGGGAACAAUAACAUGCAACUGGUCAUGUGUAAAAAUGCUCAGAAAAAAGACUUUAUAUGUUCCCACAGUACAAUUUCAGUUUACUCAUUAGGCUGAUGACAGUCGACUGUGUAAGACUAUUUAAAGUAUUUAUUUAUGUAUGGACAGCUACAGGACAUUUGUUUUAUUUGUGAAAUGUUUUCAUGAUUUACGUGACAUGUACGUCGAACGUGUUACAGUGUAACAUGCCGUGUGUGAUUUUUGGAAACAUGUUCUAUGCUAACACAGCAGUAUACAUAUGGAAUGCUGAGAUGUUUAUACAAUACUUUUGAAUAUGCUGGUUCUUUACAAAGGUUGAAUGGGAUAUUGCUGUGCUGGAGUUGGACCCAUCAUGUAUAGACUAGAACGAUCUUCAAGUUCCACAAACACCAUCUGUCAAAUUUCCAAUGUGAACUUUGCUGUAUACAUCAUGAAGGAGACAGUAUGGCCCUAUUCCAUACUACACAUGGUAGCUCUCUAAAAUAAAUUAUUUUAUUUUGUAAA